CACAUAUUGUCAAUGCUGCUCAUGGACCUCCCAACCCAAGUCCAGGACAACUGUACUUCCACGUCAACACAGGCCCACGCUUCUACAGAGAUAUGGCUGUAGAUUACUAUGGGGUAGAGGCAGACGAUGCAAUAGAUUUUAUCCUGAGUCCAUUUUUCUACCCAACUGCUCGCUACAUUAGAGCAGCUCUGGGGAUGGGAGGGCGAGUGUUUGUCCACUGUCUGAUGGGAGUGAGUCGCUCGGCCACUUUGGUCCUGUCCUUCCUCAUGAUUUGUGAGGGCCUUCGUCUUCAGGAGGCAGUGCAGGCAGUCAGAGCACACAGGGAUAUUUGCCCAAAUGCAGGAUUUCUACAACAGCUCCGCAGUCUCGAUAAAGGCCUAGAGAGGGAGAGAAGACGACGACACCAAGCUCAAAAACUUCGUGACACUGAGCAGGAGACAGACACACUCUCACUGAUGGAGCUGAGGCAAAUGAUUUGGAGUGACAGGAAACCAGCCGAACCUUUUAACCUGGUCUGGCCCAACCUGUACAUCGGAGACGAGUCUGUAGCCCGAGACAAACCCACCCUCUCUAGUCUUGGUAUAACACAUAUUAUCAAUGCAGCAGCAGGGAGAUAUCGCAUCAAUACUGGUCAACAGUUUUACAGUGACCUGGGACUGAAGUACCUUGGUGUUGAAGCUGCUGAUCAUCCAGACUUCAACCUUGAACCGUAUUUUAUGCCCAGUGCAGAGUUCAUAGACAGCGCUCUCAAGGAAAAUGGUAAAGUCUUUGUCCACUGUGCUAUGGGUGUCAGCCGUUCAGGAGCCCUAGUUUUGUCCUACCUGAUGACCUUCCAGGGACUAACUUUGGUGGAGGCCAUUACUGCUCUGCGUCUGAACAGAGACAUUGGACCCAAUUCUGGAUUUCUGGAGCAGCUACGACAAUUGGACAAGAGUCUUAAGUCUACCCUAUGAAUCUUAAAAAA